AUGUCUGAUUCGGGCUUCGAGGCUUUCACAAUUCUCUUGUCCAUGAUUGUUUGCUUUAUGAUAAUGACGAAGCAGUGCACAUAUAAUGUCUUGGCUCUCCUUAUUUUUUCUCCGAUGGGCAAAGGGAGGGAAAGCGAAGGGACAUCAUCAUUCUUGAGAGGCACGGAGGGCACCAUGAGAUUCUUGUGCGUUUUUCUGCUUUUGCUUUCGUCGGCCUUGGACCAGGUUAGGUUCGGCUCGAUAUUCGCUUUUUGCGUUUUUUAUUGCUGUUUGGCCGGAACAGGCUAUUUUGUUGUUUGUGUUUCUUGCUGUGUAGGAAAAUCCGGGUUGGAUGUGUAG